GACACUUUUAUUGCCUGACGCAGUUAAAAUUUGUCGGCGCAGUACUCUGUUGUCUAGUUUAAAACAAUAAUGUCAGUGGCUCGCCGUGAUAUUGGACCUUUCCUCCAGCGUAUACGUGCCUUUUUGUUGGGCCGUGAACACACAUUGGCUUUGCGUUUCGAAGAUGGUCUAGCCGAUCGUACACAACCACCACCAGAUGUACCCGGUGGCCCCGCACAUGUGCUCUCCGCCAACUACUACUGCACCCGUGAUCCUCGCCGUUUGGUUAAUCCUCCAAUUGAUUUGGUUCAACAGAAACUGUUGGCUGGUGAAGAUGCCAAAUUUGCUGCUAAAUUACCAACUCCCGGUCAAGUGUAUAAAUGGGAUUAGAGUGAUAUAAAUGCAGUUUUGUUUACAUAGUUAAAAUUUUAUUUGAACGUGUUUUUAGUGGAAGAUAAAGGAAUGGAAUAUAGUAAAUAAAAUUCUACAUGAAAGCGGA